AUGAAACCGCUUCGCGCCUUUUCCACUUCUCUCUGUCUAUUGCCUUGGACUUUUCAUCCCACAAGCGCUAAAGAUAAAUUCGAUCCGACUAGCUACGCCAGCUCGGACGUUAUUACAUGUGAUGUCGCAGUGAUCGGAGGUGGCUCUUCUGGCACCUAUGGUGCUAUCAAUCUCCACAAACGAGGGCAAAGCGUGGUGCUCGUCGAGAAAGAGGCAGUUCUUGGAGGCCAUACAAACACUUACACUGAUCCCCUGACGAAUAUCACAAUUGACUAUGGUGUUCAAGCGUACUGGAAUAUACCGGUCACGCAGAACUAUUUGGAUUAUCUGGGCAUUGAAACGACAGAAUACACGGGGUAUUCAAGAAAAGAGUUAUAUGCCAAUUUUGAAACGGGACAGGAAGUCACGUUCACCGCGAGCAGCAAUUAUACGUCCUACGUCAAACAGAUAGAGAAGUAUCCAUAUCUAGAGUGGAGUUGGGACCUACCCAAUCCCGUUCCUAGCGACCUUCUUUUGCCAUUCGCCAAAUUCAUGCAAAAGUAUGACCUAGAAGAUUUAGGAUACAACGUCUUCUGGGCUGCGCAAGGCCUGUCAAAUGUACUGGAACAGUUGACGGUCAACGUGUUCAAAAUUUUUGACAAGUCAUUCAUCGAUGCCCUACAAGGGGGUGACGUGAGAAGUGUUGACGGCAACGGGGAAAUAUACAACAAAGCUUCUGCGAUACUGAAGGGAAAGGUGCUGAACAAAUUUAUCAUCGCAUCGAAGCUCCUCGUCAGCAUUCCACCACUAUUGAACAACAUGAAGCCUUUCGGCCUAACGACCCGCGAGUCCAAUAUAUUUUCGCAGUGGAGUUACAGCGGAUAUUAUACUAUUCUAGUCAACAACACUGGCCUUCCUUCCGGUUAUCGAUUUCGGAACGCCAAUGCAGCAACGCUUUCCAAUAUUCCGAAGCUCCCGGGUCCCUACCAAAUCACAGAAACAAAUAUCCCUGGACUGUUUUAUAUCUGGUACGGGAGCCCCUAUGCCUUGGAAGAAGCUGCCGUGAAAAAAGACAUCACAGCGGUUAUCCGUCGAUUGCAGAAAGCCGUCGACGCAAACGGAUCUCCAGUGCCACAUUUCGUGGAAUUCAAAAGCCAUACGCCGUUUAAACUGGUGGUCAGUGGUGACUCUAUUCGCGACGGGUUUUACAGAGAUUUAGAGGAGUUACAAGGCUAUAGAAACACAUGGUAUACAGGGGCUGCGGUUAUCUCCCAUAGCUCAGCGAUCUUGUGGAACUUCACGGAGACCCUUCUCCCACAGAUCAUCGCAGCUCAAAAAAUCAAAAUAAUGAAAUAA